CUGCAGUUGUAGCACUAAUGGUUGUUCUCUGUGUAGCACCUCUUAGCAUGAGUAUAUAUGUUGUAAUAGAUUGUUCUUGUGGUGUUUGGGGAACUUGAGCAAUGCAGUGCCUGUGUGCUUCCUGACCUGCUGCACCAGGGCUAACUCUGCUCUCUAACUCAAACACAGCAGAGAUAUUUAGAAACAGUGCUGAAAAUAACAUUUACUGUUAGUAAUGCUGAAUAUAGGGAAGGAGAGGAAUGCUAAGAAUAAACCAUGGAAGGGGGAAAGUACUUAAUUUUUGAGCUAAAGCUUACCCUUGGGAAUGGAGCCAUAUGUUGUGUCUUAUACAGCAGCCCCCCUUUAAACAUUUCAGCAACUAAGAUUGAAAGGAGCAAAACAAGACUGAGGUGAUUUAACAAGGAAAACGUAUUGUGUUGUGCAAAUGAUCCAAUGCUUUAUGUUCCCCAUAGUCUCUAGUUGACCAUUGUAGGUUUUAUGCAGCAUUAUGUAGCAUUCAUUCCCUUCUGACAGCUGGUUAAAGUCUGUUUUUUCAUGUGAUGUUUAUUGCAUGCAGAGAGAUUUCAGGAUAUGCCUCCCUGACUGCUUAGAAAAUCCCAGCUCCCUACAGAUGAUAUCCAGGUCCUGGUCACUGCUGCUAACAGCAUGAAGACAAAGCAAAGUCAGUUCUGCACCCUGCCUUCCUUUCCUGUUCCCCAUUACACCAUAUGGAUUCCCUCAAAGUGUAAUGUGUUCCACUGCUUUUAGACACUGUGCAGAAACCCAAGCCAGGAAUGUUUUUCUGUCCAAAUAUAGUCAGGAUGACAGUUCUCGCCUGGAGUCCAAACCAAAUACCCGCACUUGAGAACCUGAGACCUCUAAAAGCCAUCAGAACUCUGAAGUCACAGCAGCAGUUCUCUGCCCUUGUGUAAAAGCAGUGCCUUCAGGCCCUCAUGGAGGGUAUUGUCAGCUCUUGGAAAAGACAAGGAUGAAAUGAAUUUAGGGUUCUGACUAACUACCUGCCCUUGGCACAGGGCAGCAGUGUCCUCCUGGGAGAUGUCUGAAGCAUCUGAGAGAGGCUUAAAUUCUGAUAAGUGCUCUAGAUUUGAGGCCACUGGUGGCUGCAUCUGAGAGUCCUUUAAGCUCAAGUAUCUCUUGGGAAAGCCAUGAGAUCCUUAACCCAGGGCAGAGGAAAGGGGUGAAGUGUCAACAGAUGUGCACUCUGGUCCUAGUAAUCCUUAAACUAUCUAUGGAAAAGAGCUGUGCUUGAAACUUAACAACCACGGUAUUCAUGAACUAGGUGUAAUCCUGAAAUUCUGCUUUUUAUCAGCAGCACGUCGCUGAGGAUUCUGGCCAGAGCUUGUACACCAAGGAAUCCACAUGCACAGAGACUUUAUCAGAAGCAUUGUUACUGUGCACAGCAUCGAGUUCAUGUGUCUCCCUUAGCUCCCCAAAGUUGCAUCUGUAAGUUCUGAAUACCUCAGCAUAAGAGCUUUCCUCAUCUGACUCUCAUUGCCACGAUAACUGAGGUUUAUCUUGGCCUUACUGCUGAGCUGGUUUCUGAGCAAAUACUUGGCUUCAGUUUUUAAAGUUCUAGAGGCAUUCAGCAGCCAGGGGUUUGGUGAAGUUGGAUGCAGAGGCGCUGAAUUUCUAUGUGGAUGGGCACAGUGCAUUCCCAGUUUAUGGGGGGAAAGCAAACUAUGUGCUUUCCAAGAAACCCAGCACUCUGAUCCAUCAAGGUCUAACCUGCUUCCUCUGCUUGAUACCUUGAUUGGAAAGCAGCAUCCUAAAUGUGUCACAGAGGCUAUGAAUCAUUUCUAAGCUAAAGAUUCCCAUUCACCCAUCACAUGUGGCACCAGAAGGUAAAUAGAUGAUGUACAGUAUUGUCCUUUUCACCAUUCAGAAUACUUCAGUAACUCAUGGGAAAGAGCUUGGUGGGCUCACCUUUAGCAGCUGCACUCAUCAGAGACUGACAAACUUGUUCAGGGGACUUGAGACAUGGGUAAGUUUAGGAUUGGUGGUGUUACCAAUUUCUCAACAAAACGUUGCAAGCUUGGUUAUGUACUAGGGGAAACAAAUCAAAUUAACCCAUUUUCCAUUGUUAACAGUGCAGGAAUUUUCUGAAACCUCCCAGAUGCUUCAGAUACCCCCUAGGAAUGUUUUACAGUGGCUGGCAACAGAGCUACUUCUUCCCUGCCACUUGCUUGUGAAACCAGGAGAUUGCACAGUUCCUUUUCCUCUGCCUGAAUGCUCAGCUGAGAGCAGCCCCCCCUCAGGAGCACCGAGCAUCCAGACAGAAAAAUGAUGCUGUUUCUGAAAACCUGACAAGUGCUGAGUAAGCUUUGUAAGAAGUCCUGAACUGAGGGAAUCUCUCUCAUCAUUCAGUUUAAAGCCAUUCCCCUUUGUCACUACAUGCCCUUGUACCAAGUCCCUGUCCAGAUUUCUUGUCGGCCCCUUUAGGUAUUGGGGGCUGUUAAGAAGGUCUCCCUGGAGCCGCCUUUUCUCCAGGCUGAACAAGUACAACUCUCUCAGCCUGUAAGCCUCAUGGAAGCUGGAGCUGAUGUUUACUUUUAUCUGAGUUUGUAAACUCCCUGAGCAGAAUGUCCUAAGCAGAGAAGCCCUCCCUGCUCCUUCACAGCAUCUCAUUUUUCAUUUCCCUCCAGAAGACAGCCCUUGACUAAUGACAGCUCUUCUAGCGUUAAGCAUCCCUAAUGCAACAUUCCAGGGGCGUGAUGCUGGCUUCUGGAUUCCUUUUUCUACCCCCUCCCCCAAUUCUUUUCAUUACAUAAAGCUGGUAACUGCACAUUUGUCCUCUGUUGAUUACAGUCAGUUAAAAGAGUUCACAUCCAUCCCAGCUUGUUUCACUUUGCUGCUUCUCCUCCGCCAGCCCAACUUUCAGCUGCAGUAACAUGAUUCCACUUGGCAGAGGCUGAGAGAAUCUUUGGCACAUUGGAAAGAAGCUUAAUGUAAAGGCUACUCUCUUCUUUCUUAAUUUUUUUAAAGCUUAUUGGAACUCCAGUGCUUCUGCACAGCUUUGACAGUCACUGCAGGGCUGCUCACAAACGCUCCAAAUGCAAGAGGAUUACCAAUGCAUUCUGUGAAGAGAAUGUCUUAGUAUCUGUCACAUCUCCCUCUAAGAAGCAUUCAGGAAAUACAUGGAUCAAGUAGAAGAGCUUUCUGCAAACAGAAGGAAGAGCUUCCUCUUGGUUGACAAGAAAAAGAGUAAUGGCUGUAGAACCAUGGUGGGAUUUUUAUGCAUAUUCCCGGUGGUGGCUUUGCUGGCUACUGUGGGAGAUCCAGCUGGAGCUGCACUUCAGGAAAGUCAGGAAGAUGCCAUAUCACCUGGGCUUCAUGGAGUGAGCGCCUCUGCUUUGUACAGUGCAGCUUUCCCUCCUCGGCCUCCAGCACGGAGAAAACGAUACACGAUCACCCCAGGACACUUGAAAUGGGACCACUUCAACUUGACAUAUAAAAUCCUGUCCUUCCCAAGAAACCUCAUAAACGCCAGGGACACACGCAGGGGACUGGCGGCUGCUUUCCGCAUGUGGAGUGAAGUUUCACCCUUCAGCUUCAGAGAAGUGCCACGCCACGUGGAGAGUGACUUGAAAAUAGGCUUCUACUCUAUCAACCACACGGACUGUCUGGAGUCUCUCAUUCACCACUGCUUUGAUGGCACAACAGGGGAGCUUGCCCAUGCCUUCUUCCCACCCAACGGGGAAAUCCACUUUGAUGACCAUGAAUACUGGAUAUUGGGGAACACCCGCUUCAGCUGGAAAAAAGGUGUUUGGCUUACAGAUCUGGUGCAUGUAGCAGCACAUGAAAUAGGACAUGCCUUGGGUCUCAUGCACUCCCUGAACCCCAAUGCCCUCAUGCACAUCAACGCCACGCUGACUGGGAAAAAGACCAUCUCUCAGGAUGAAGUUUGGGGAAUUCACAGGCUUUACGGAUGUAAAGACAGAUUAUUUAUGUGCCCAUCGUGGGCACAAAAAGGAUUCUGUGAGAAGCGCAGGAAGCUGAUGAAAAAGCACUGUCCAUCUACUUGUGACUUCUGCUAUGAAUUCCCAUUUCCAACAGUCCCCCCAACUCUGCCCCCACCAAGGACAAAAACCAAGACUGUUUCUGAAGGCAGGAACGUCACUUUCCGCUGUGGACAGAAGAUCAUUCAUAAGAAAGGCAAAGUUUACUGGUAUAAAGAUAAGGAGCUUCUGGAAUACUCAUAUCCAGGUUACUUAUCCUUAAAUGAAGAUCACAUGAGCAUCAUUGCAAAUGCAAUUAAUGAAGGAACUUACACUUGUAUAGUAAAGAAAAAAGAAAGAAUCUUGACUACUUAUUCCUGGAGGAUCAGACUGAAGCAUUAGCAGAGGACUGAGAGCUUCCCUUCUGCUUGUUCUGUUUCAAAUUCAGAGCGUUCCUUUGGCAUUUUAUAUUUAAUCUCCAGUUGUGCAAUUGAAAUUCUACAUCAGCUGCUUCCACACCUUGGGCAAAAGGGACUCAGACUUGAUCACUGGAAUGUAAAACUUUUCCAGAUUACUUUUAAUGAUAAAGGAUUUAUCAAGUAUGUGCUGUACAGAGGAUUAAAAGAGUUGGUUUUUAUGAAGUGUCAGGUUUUGCAGUUGAAGUGUGGAACUCCACAGACUGCUGGAAAACAGGAAUGUCACUUCAUCAAAGGAACGGAUGGAUGGAUUGCUGGCCCAGCUGCUGCAAUGGAGGCAGAGGUAUUGUGGAAGGAAAACAACCAGUUACACUCUCUAAGUGUUUUGCUGACCUUUGUUUUUUAGAUCCUGGUACAUAGCAAUAGCAGAACUUGGGAAAAGUAUAAGAUCCAAUAUUACCUUUUCUUUUAUUUGUCACCAAACCCUUUCUAACGAUGCCAUUCCACAUAUUGACAUGCUUAGUUCCAGUAUCCACAGAACACCUUUUGUCCCUCCACCCACUUUCCUGUCCUCCACCCGCUUUCCUGUGGUUUGUAUUUAUUACUCAUGUAAUCUCAUCCCUGAGGCUGUUUACCUCUGUCAGCAGCUCCAACAUAUCCUUCAGGUGUCUGAUCAAUAAGCCUCUUGCCACUUUCAACAGAGAUGUGGUAAUUUCCAUAAGUAAUUUCCAUCACUAUCCUCCACCAGUCACCAAACCAUGGACUAAAUGUGCCACAUCCAACAGGAAAAUCUUGUUAGUAUUGGCUGGCAACACCCAGUGCACUCCAAUGUCCACAGUGGUGGACCAUUCCCUCACAGUAAGGAAUCCCUGACAGUCAUGACAUUUAGCAGGAUUAAAGCACCUGCAUUGCUCUUUCCUUAGGUUCAGCCUUUCCCCCAACUGCAGCAAUGCCAAGGAAGCUGGGAAGGAAAUAAAUAACUUGACAGAGUGCAAGAAAGAUGCACAGCCUGAAACACAAAAUAUACACACUCUUAGCACAGCCCAUGGGUUCUCUUUUCCUGUACUCUGGGCAAUAACACCCUGCUUCGUAGUAGGUGUUACUGAUCUCCACCUAGGAGGAAACCUUGCUAAAAUCAUGCACAUUUCAGUUAACAGACCAGUAAUAAUCUGGUUUUCCUUCCAUACCAGACAACCAGUUGGGCCUAAAGAAAAAACAGUUCUGCAUUCCUCCACAGAAAAACCCCAGACCAAACAAACCCAACUAGUUCCAAAAUUUACCACAGUUUUAGUACAUCCAAAUUCCAGUUCCGAGGCCUUUACCCAGGAAAAACCUCUUAAAUUAUAAACAUUCUAUCAGUUUCAGUACAUUUUAAAUUAAUCCUUUUAUUGGACUGGUGCCUAGCUCUGAUUGCACAAAUACCUCAGUAUUUUCCAAAUCUUCCUGUUCCCAGAAAAGACCAGCAGCAUUGUAAAUCAGAGACUCAAAAGGAUGUGAUACUCCACCGUGAUUCCUCAGGAGAAAGGACUGGAAUAUGGCAUUAUACAGUCAGGAAAGCUGAGCUCUUCUUUUUAUGAAAAA